UUUCAGCUUUUGCAGUAUUAUGUUUAUUUCUUCGCUUCAGUUACUAGACUGGUGGUAGGUUUCCUCCGAAACUUUCAAAAGAUCUUGAUGCUUUGCUUUCUCUUUUGAGGAUUCUGACAAUAGUCAAAAAUAGCAAGCUUCCUUUCUCUUUUAAUGGCAAUUUAUACGACCAGCAGCUUGCUUCUCUGGUCACAAAUGAGAAGAGGACAGAUACACAAGAAAAAAGCAGAAUUGUCAUGACCAUGAGUAGCUAUGAUUACAGCAACCGCUUUGACUUCAUCAAAGAUAUGGCCUGCACUGGAAGCGAGACUACAGAUUGCUUUACUAAAUGUAUUAUCAAUGUCAUUCUUGGUAUUGAAGCUAAUUUGACCUCCGUGAGCAUUCAACGUUCAGAGAUGCACGUACAGUCAUCUUUCAUGCAUCCUCUAAUCCGUGGAAUUUGUAAAUAUUCUGCCAAUGUAGUCGCUUAUUGUCCUAAUCAAUUGGGUGUAGCGGAUGGUGAUCUUCAUCUCCUUUCUGGUAGGCCCGACUACCGAGUGGAUACGUACUUGCCACCACUCUAUACCAGCAAGUAUACAAGUCUUUUCGGUGAUGUUAAACCCUUAUCAAGCUCAAGCCGUGAAGUCGAUUUUUUGAUCAACUUUUAUAAGAUCUGUAUCUUCAUGAAGCUUGAGCUUAGACAUAGUACAACAAAGGCUCAGUUGGGUUUCAGACAGUGGGAGCCGUUGUUAUAAGAACAACAAGCUUCACUAUGCUCAUUGGUCAGAUUGAUACCGUUUAUCGAAUCUGCCAAAUUUACGAAAAUCAUUGUACUGUCCUUGGCUCUUCAAGCUUGAACUCUGUCUCUUCGGACAUUCCUCGUUCGCCAACCCUUCCUUUCUCUGUCUUGAAAGCUUUGCUUUCACAAAACAAGACAAGGUCUUCUAGCUUGAAGAGAAAUCUAGAUCAAAUAUCUUAACUUCUUUUCUCUUCUCUUCUUUCAUUAUUUCUUUCCCCUUUUCUCUAUUUAUGCAUUAUCAUUAUUGUUUUUGGUUUUUUUUUUGUUCUCCUUUAUUAUACACUGACCUGAAAUAAAAGUUAGCCCAG